AGGCUCUGAGAUUCACCGUACUGCUCUGAGACAAAACUGGACUAAAAUCACAACUCACACUAAGAGAGAGAUACUGGCUUCACACAACUACAGGAGGAAAUAUUGUCAUUUACAGAGACUUUAACUCACUGCUGUGCUGACUGAAUCAAAGUUCGUUUUAAACAGUUUGACACCAAAGUGAAAGUAAACUUCAGACUACAGCAAAAGGGUGUGACUGGGUGAGAAAAUGGCAUCCAGCUUGUCUCUCCCAGAGGAGGAUCUCUCCUGUCCUGUGUGCUGUGACAUCUUUAAAGAUCCUGUCUUACUGUCAUGUAGCCACAGCUUCUGUAAAGCCUGUCUGCAGGAAUACUGGAAGGGGAAUAAAGAAAAUAAAUGUCCAGUUUGCAGAAGAAAAUCAUCAAAGAAUUCCCCUCCCCUCAGCCUGGCUCUGAAGAACCUGUGUGAGUCCUUCUUACAGGAGAGACGUCAGAGAGCUUCAGCAGGGUCUGAGGUGCUCUGCAGUGUGCACAGUGAGAAACUCAAGCUCUACUGUCUGGAUGAUAAACAGCCAGUGUGUUUGGUGUGUCGGGACUCUAAACUACACUCCAACCACAGAUUCAGACCCAUAGAUGAAGCUGCACAGGAUCUCAAGGAGGAACUCAAACCUGCUCUGAAGUCUUUACAGGAGAAGCUGAAGAUCUUUAAGGAAGUUAAACAAACCUGUGACAAAACGGCAGAGCACAUUAAGAUCCAGACCCAGCACACAGAGAGGCAGAUUAAGGAGGAGUUUAAGAAGCUUCACCAGUUUCUACAAGAGGAAGAGAAGGCCAGGAUAUCUGCACUGAGGAAGGAGGAGAAGCAGAAGAGUCAGGUGAUGAAGGAGAAGAUUGAGGGGCUGAGCAGAGAGAUAUCAACACUUUCAUACACAAUCAGAGCCAUAGAGGAGGAGCUGAGAACUGAAGACAUCUCAUUCCUUCAGAACUACAAGGACACAGUGAAAAGAGCCCAGUCCACUCUGCCGAAUCCACAGCUGGUCUCAGGAGCGCUGAUAGACGUGGCAAAACACCUGGGCAACCUGACCUUCAGAGUCUGGGAGAAGAUGCAGGACAUUGUCACAUACACUCCUGUGACUCUGGACCCCAACACUGCCCACCCAGACCUCAUCCUGUCUGAGGAUCUGACCAGUGUGAGAUACAGUGAGGAGAGACAGCAGCUUCCUGACAACCCAGAGAGGUUUGAGGACUGUAGAUGGGUCCUGGGCUCUGAGGGCUUUACCUCAGGGACACACAGCUGGGAUGUUGAGGUUGGAGACCAUAAAGUCUGGUACCUGGGUGUGGCAACAGAGUCUGUCCAGAGGAUACAGUGGGAGCGCUGGGGGAUCUCGGUUGAUGAUAAUGGUGAAUACACUGCAAUAUCCCCAUCAGAUAUAUAUGAGACAUCAGAUGAUCUCAUAGAGAGCCCGAAAGCCCAGAGGAUCAGAGUGCAGCUGGACUGGGACAGAGGAAAGCUGUCGUUCUCUGACCCUGAUAGAAACACACACCUACACACAAUCACACACACCUUCACUGAGAGAGUGUUUCCAUACAUUGGUAAUGGCUGCACUCUCCCCCUUCUGAGGAUCUUACCAGUGAAGGCCUCUGUAACAGUAGAACAGCACAGUCAUUAGAGCUGG